AUGGCUUUUGAAAUGCAUAGUUCUUUAUGCUUUCUAUUUCUCCUACAACUACUGCCAUUUUUCACCGUCGCUGAUACUUACCAGAAUAUAACUUUGGGGUCAUUCCUCACUGCAAUAGAUGAUAACUCUUCUUGGCCCUCUCCAUCUGGAGAAUUUGCCUUUGGUUUCCGAAAACUCAGUUUGGAUGGCUUCAUGUUAGCCAUCUGGUUUAACAAAAUACCUGAAAAGACUAUUGUCUGGUCAGUUCGUGAUUAUCUAGUGCAACAAGGGUCAAAAGUAGAAAUCACUCCAGAUGGGAGGUUUUUGGUGUAUGACAUCGCAACAGGCGAACAGCAUUUGAUUGCUAAUGGGUCUACUGCUACUGGAGUUGCCUAUGCAGCCAUGCUCGACACAGGAAAUCUUGUGUUGGCUAACCGAAACUCGAAGAUUUUGUGGGAGAGUUUUCAACAACCAACCGAUACAAUCUUACCCACACAAACUCUGAAUACAGGUGGCAUGCUCCAGGCACAACUUACACCAACAAAUUACUCAAGGGGAAGAUUUCAGCUUAUACUAAAUUCUGAUAAACUUGUGUUUUACACAACACAUUUCCCAUCGGAUUACCCUAAUUUUCCUUACAGGGUGAUCGAAACUGGGGGUGGUGCUGCCUUUCAGUUAAUCUUCAACCAGUCUGGCUAUAUUUAUCUUACAGACAAGAAUGGAAGCAUGCUUCAUAAUAUAUCAACCAACAAAGUACCAAUGGAAGAUUUCUUCCAAAGAGCAACUCUUGAGUUUGAUGGAGUUUUGAAGCACUAUGUCUACCGUAAAAGCACCAACUCAAAUGUUGAAAGGGGUUGGUACUUUUUGGCUUACGAACCUCCAAAUAUCUGCACAGCAAUUUCAACAACUGCAGGAGCAAGUGCAGGAGGUGGUGUAUGUGGGUUCAACAGCUUGUGUAAACAUGAUGAAAAAGGAUUGAAUACGUGCUACUGCCCCAGCAAUUACACCUAUAUUGAUCCGAAUGAUGAGCGCAAAGGAUGCAGGCCAGCCUUCAUACCCCAAAGUUGUGAUCAAGCCUCACCAGAAGCAGAUCUUUUUGAAUUUGAAGUGAUGUCGAACACAGAUUGGCCUCUUGGAGACUAUGAUCAGAUUCGACCAGCGGAAGAUGAGCAGUGGUGCAAGCAAAACUGCCUAGAAGAUUGUUUCUGUGCUGUUGCCAUUUUUUACGUAAAGAGCAAGACUUGUUGGAAAAAGGGGCUCCCCCUUAUGAAUGGCAAGUUCGACAAGAGUGCUGGUUGGAGAUUGCAUGUCAAAAAAAGGAAGGACAGUGCUAAUUCAACAAUAUCCCCUGGAGUCUCAGUUCCAAAAAAGAAAGAUAAGUCAUCUCUAAUCCUUGUUGGUUCAGUGCUCAUAAUAGUAGUAACCCAUCUGAGUGUGUUCAUAAUAACCUUUUUGGUUAUUUCUCGAAUAUAUUAUAGAAAAGCACUGCUGACCAAACUCUGUCCAGUCCUUCAAGGCAUCAAUCUAAAAUGUUUCACUUACAUGGAGCUAAAAGAAGCUACUAACGGAUUUAUGGAAGAAAUCGGUUCUGGUGCUUUUUCAACUGUUUUUAAAGGAGUUCUAGCAUCUGAUGAUGGGAGAUGCAUUGCUGUCAAAAGAUUGAACACAAUAGCACGAGAAGAUGACUUGGAGUUCAAAGGCGAAGUAAGCUCAAUUGGCAGAACAAAUCACAGAAAUCUAGUCCAACUACUUGGAUUUUGUGAUGAGGGGCAACACCGGCUUCUUGUAUAUGAGUUCAUGAGCAAUGGCUCUCUAGCAAGCUUUCUGUUUGGAGAGUCAAGGCCAAACUGGUAUCUAAGAAGGCACAUUGCCUUGGGAACUGCAAGAGGGCUGUUUUAUUUGCAUGAAGAAUGUAGCAGCCAGAUUAUACAUUGUGACAUUAAGCCUCAGAACAUUCUAAUAGAUGACUCUUUCACAGCAAGAAUUGCCGACUUUGGAGUAGCAAAGCUUUUGAGAACAGACCAAACGCGAACGAGUACUAGAAUAAGGGGCACAAAAGGGUAUGUAGCACCUGAAUGGUUCAAGAACUUGCCUAUCACAGCAAAGGUGGAUGUUUACAGCUAUGGCAUUUUGUUAUUAGAGCUCAUUUGCUGCAGGAAGAAAUUCGACGAAGAGGCAGAAGAUGAAGACCAAAUGAUACUAGCUGACUGGGCAUAUGAUUGCUAUAGGCAGAAGAAACUGCAUCUGUUAUUGGAGACUGAUGAUGAAAAGGCAACAGAUGACAUCAAGACAAUGGAAAAGUAUGUGAUGAUUGCAUUUUUGUGCAUUCAAGAUGAUCCGUCCCUAAGACCUACCAUGAAAAAUGUCAUACACCUGCUUGAAGGAACUGUUGAAGUCUCACUCCCACCAGAUCCAUCCUCUGGUUUCAUGCAAUUCAAAUGA